AUGCCGAUACCGGAUGCGCACUUUGCGUCCACGAGAUACUGUGGUUCAUGCACAAAAAGUGGUUGUUCUAACUGCAAGAUGUCUCCAGCAGGAACGGGAGUUCCAAACACGGAUUUCCUUAUUUACGUGCGAGCUGAGAGCACUGCUAGUUGCCAAAGCGGUAGCACGUUAGCGUACGCUUCAACCUGUCAGAAAGACCAGUACGACCGCCCUACGUUCGGGAUGGUCAACUUUUGCCCGAACAAACUCAGCACUGCAGCCGCUGACUUCGAACGUCAAGUAUCGACAGCUCUACAUGAAUUUUCGCAUGCUCUUGGCUUCUCCUCUCGCUUUUUCCCAUUCAUGCGGAAUGAAGACGGCACCCCACGUACCUCGAGAGAUGCCAACGGGAACCCCCCAACAUACACAUCCGGAACUUGUCCAAAUGGUAGGAACAUCGACUUCUACGUGGAACCUUCCAAGACUAUUAUCAAGUACUCAACGGAGAGGAAUCACGUAGUGGCGAAAAUGGUGACACCACGUGUGCGAGCGUUCGUCCGAGACCACUUUAACUGUUCUACUCUGGAAGGUGCCGAGAUUGAGUCGCAAGAUGGUGGUUGUAUUGGCUCUCAUUGGGAAGAACGAUUGUUCGAACCAGAGUUCAUGACCCCCGUGGAUAGCUACCACAACGUCUUCAGUGCUCUCACACUCGCGUUCUUCGCAGAUUCCGGUUGGUAUCGAGUCAACGCUUCGACUUCGGAAAUAAUGCAUUUUGGCAGGAAGAAAGGCUGCUCCUUUGCAACGGACAAAUGUGUGGAUCCAGCGACUGAAAUACCGAUAGCUGAUGACUUUUGUACCUUAACGACAGCUCAGGGUUGCUCGGCUGACGCUAGGUCACGCUCGGCCUGUUCCUUGAGUUCUACGAGCCAAUCAAUCCCUGCCGAAUACCAAUACUUCACUGGUAGUCAUUCGAAAGGCGGACUCAAUACCUUUGCAGACUUUUGUCCGAUGAAUGUGGGGUAUAGGGCGGGUGACUGCUCCAUCUCUUCGAAUCUCCUUAAGCUUGGAUCGACCAGUGUCAACGCCUAUGGGGAAACGUAUUGCCCUACUUGUAAGUGCACGUCGACUUCUCUACGUAGUGCCGACUCCACUGGAUGGGGCAUCAACCCACCUCGACAGUCAAGGUGCUAUGCGAUGCGAUGUAUUGCAACUAUCGAUACAAGUUCCAAACGUACUUCCACAGUGGUCGAGCUCACGGUUCCUAGAAGUAAAACAAACGACGUCAUAUCCUCGUGUGUUACUAACAGACAUCGAUAG